GAUCGAUGAUAUUAACUUUAGCAUUAGGUUUGGUACUAAGCUGAUACCCUUACUCUUUACAGCCUUCAGUUCCACACUCUGAUCAUUCCUAGUUACUGAAAAAAAUGGCAACCAUCUCCGCUGCUACCGCCACCCCCUCGAUCACAUGUCUUGUGCAAAAGCGGCCUCUUGGGGUCUCAUCUCCUGUUCUUGGAUUGCCAACAAUGGGUAAGGUGGGAAGAGUGAGGUGCUCCAUGGAGGAAAAACCUUCUGUAAAGGAAGCAAGCAGCUCAAGCAUGGGGAUGGGAGCAUCUUUAAUGGCAGCCACCUGUGCUGCAGUCAUGUCAGGCCCAGCCAUGGCCUUGGUGGAUGAGAGACUAAGCACUGAAGGAACCGGGCUUCCCUUUGGGCUUAGCAACAACCUUCUUGGUUGGAUCUUGUUGGGUGUCUUUGCUCUUAUAUGGGCUCUCUUCUUUGUCUAUACUUCAACUCUUGAGGAGGAUGAAGAGUCGGGAUUGUCCCUUUAAAUUCUGGAUUCAUCUUCUGUUGUGUGUGCUUAAUUUCUUCUUCUUUCUUUCAACUUCAACACAAUCUUCACCACUCCUACUUCUUUCUGUUGUCUGGUGAAAGUGUAAAGUGGACGAGUAGAAGAAAAAGCAUUUGUGGCGCUUAAAGAAUCAAUAUAAGAAAUGCAAGAAGCAAGUUGCAAUAACUACA